AUGUCUUCACUAGUACUAAAUCAAGAGCGUGUACAAGCACAACCGCCCUCCCUAACAUAUCUCGAAGUAGAAGAAGACGAGACGUUUGGAUGGUUGAACGAAGAUAAUACUUUAAUAAGUGGUACAGAUGGUCUAGACGUUCAUAACGAACUUGAAGAAAGAGGAUUGGACGACAUAAAUAAUUUUUUUGUUGCUGUAGAGUCUAAUACUGAAGCAAAUCGGACUAACGUUCCUCAAUAUAAUGAUAACGAUGAUAUUAAUGACAGCAUAAUAAAUGAAGAUGGUUUGUUAUCAGCUAUACAGCAGCGAAAAGAAAAUAACGACGAGGCCGAUGAAGAAGAUGAGGAUCAACCUGUCGAUGAUGACUUGAGCCAAGAAAAUCCAACUGCGGCACCUUCCGAAUAUGCCCGAGAUGAUAUUCCAGAAAAUGGAGCACCGACUACUACAAUUACAGCUCCUACUAUUGUGGUAGCACCGAUUACUAACGAUAAUAAUAUUCAAAAUACAGAGAUUGUUACAAUUGAAGAUGGCGAAGUCGAAAGUGAACGAACAAGAACAACAGGAGAAAAUAAUAAUACUAAUAAUUUUGCGUACAACGUCGAUGAUGACGGUGCUGAUUGCGGCAACGAAGAUUUCGAUAUAUCUUCAGAAGGCGAAAACGACUUUGUACCGCAAGAAGCCCGUUUUCAGGAAGUUGUUUUAACCUUUAGAGACCCCAAUGACCCGGAUUUUCAAAUUUCGAUAUCUCAGGAAAAUUAUCAUGCACAACAGCAUUACCUUCAUGAUAUUCUAAAUCUGCAUUAUUAUUUCCAGAAAGCGAAAAAUAUACCGCCAAACCAUCUUCACAUACUUCUAACACUCAGAGAUGGUUUCUUUUCGCAACUCCAGCGUAUUAGACGUGGCAUCCCGGAAGCUACGAGAGCAAAUGGUGCAGGUAAUCUUCCAAAUAAUCCUAUUGUUCUCGAUGGCAAUGAGGAACCCGAUCCUGGAAUUACGUCCGACGAAAGUAAUAAAGAUGCUCAAUCACCUCUGAUCGAGCCAGUAGAUAACGAAAGUGCGCAAUCGCAUCGAACCGAAUCGGCAGAUAGUGCAGGUAAUUUCAGUGUACCAUUCCCCGAUCUAAUUACUAAAAAUACCUGGACAAACAAUGGAUUACCGAAUAUUGACGAUGAUGAUGAUCUCGCACCUUACUCUGAUAUUGAAGAAUCUGAGCAAGAUCAAGGAGAAACGGAAGUUCCGUUGGAUCAUGAUGAAGCGUUUUACUUUGACGAGGAGGAAAUUAAUGGCGAAAAAUAUGAUGAUUCAAAUGUCGCCGCCUCACGUGUAGAAUCUGAUCAAGUAUAUGAUGAAAUAUACAACGUUUCAACGCCUCCACUUGAGGAAGAAAUCAAUAAUCAUAUAUAUUACUCAUCAUCCACAGAAGAUGUAGAUGAUCUCCCUGACUUUGAAGAAUAUCAGUCUCACGAUUGCAUAGAAUAUCCGGUCAAAACUGGUAUCGGAGAAGAUGAAGACUCGGCCAACAAUCUAAUUACCGAAUCCGCGAAUGUUGAUCGAAAGCGAAGUUCUGAAUUCUUUACGAAUGAAGAAAUGGACGAAGAAGGUCAUGUUAAAAAGGCACGAGUUAAUUGA